CAGGAGCCGAGCGAGAAAAAAAACAUCAACAACAAGAACAACAAUUAGCUGCAAAUAAACAACCGUGACUGUCCGCAGACAUGUCCAGCUCUUCGCUAACGGUCCUAACGAUGGCACGGACUCGGAGAGGCUAUGCAUUCCUGUGAGCAUGGGGACAUUUCAGAUGAAGCGAUGCUUGAGAAAGAACACAAGCAUGUCCAGGACGUUAAGGAGGAGGCAGAGGACUUCGCUAUUUGUGAACCACCUCAAGGACGUGGAGGAGGAUCUCCUGGAGCCACUGAGGCUAGUAAAAGGUCAUCUGCAGAGAUGGGCCCUGACACAAACCAGUCGUCCAGCAGCAAGAGAGCCAGAGUCUCCAGAGAGAUGAGGCGGCACAUGAUGGACGAGAGCAGCAGACAUGAGCCUCUUUGCCUCACCACAACUGGAGAGAAGAGGGACUGUGUCCAGGAGAAAUCCAGAGUCUCCUACAGAAAGCCUCUCUUCAGCAUCUCCCACAGGAUCUCUGAGAGGAGGAACACACCGAGUCUGGAGCAGCAGGCCAGUCAUGAUGGUGUGAACCAGCUUAACUACAGCAGCAUCUUCUCAUCUAAGCUCCAAAGUCCGGAGCAAAACGGCCCAGUGGAGACCUCCCCCACCUUAGACACUUUAGGGCAAGCUUCAACAACAGACUCUAGUCUUUAUCCGCUGAUUGAGAAAAUGUUUUUCAUUCUCAAUACUCUGAAUUCAAGCAUGACCCAACUGCAUAGUAAAGUGGACUUGUUAACCCUAGAAGUCAUGCGGAUAAAGAAGCAAAUCAAACCAGCUGAGAUGGUGACGGAGUUCCAGCCUCCCCCUGAGUAUCUGCUCACAAGUGAUGAAUUGAACCAGCUGAUGGAGCAGACAUCCAGUGCUGGGGAGCUUGGGUGUAGGCUGCUGGUGCAUCUGUUCCCAGAGCUGUUCAAAGCCAGGGAGUGCUCUCAUGAUUGCAUGGCAAGCAAGAGAACGCUGGAAUCUCUACAUCUGCAACUGAUCCGUAACUAUGUGGAGGUAUGCUACCCUUCGGUGAAAAACAACAGCGUCUGGCAGGAAGAAUGCCUCCUUCAGAUUAAUGACUUCUUUAAUCGCUUCUGGGCGCAAAGGGACAUGGAAAGCGCUCGGCUGCUCAGGAAGCAGACAAUCGCAAGUGGUGUCAUAAAGGAUGAACACCCUCAAACCUAUCGUUUCAUAAAUGAGCAGGGUCAGGAGGAGCAUUUAUCUCUAGAUAACCAGCAGGGCAGCCUGGCUGCAUCAGACCUUACAUUCAGUACACAAGGCACAGAGGAGUUGGAUGAGUUUUCCUCCCCAGAGGAUUUUGUUAUUUUUCUUAUGCACCGUCUCUUUCCUGAGGUUUUUGAAGAGGGGAAAAUGCCCGAAGGCUCCAACAGUUUUAGUAGUGUGGGGCAGCUGAUUCUGGACUCUGACAAGAUGGAGAUAAUAAGAAAGUACAUGGAAGCAAAUUUUCCUGAUGUGCCUGAAGACAGCUGGCUUCAGGUGUGCAUUCAACAUAUGGAAGAUGCACUUGAGAGUCCUCACAGUAAUGGAAAUGGAAGUGAACCUGACAAUAUUAUUGAUGAGGGCUAUGACCUGGCCAGCCUUCCUGAAGAUGUUUCUAUAAUUAAGGUUCCAGAAGUGACUGAAUACGAAAGGCCCAGUCGCAAGUCCAAAAAGUCGCUGCUUACACCUGUGGAUUUUGACAAUCUGGAGAUUCCUCUACCCGACUUCACUGUUCCCCAGGAUUACAUCUUGUCCAGAGAACAGCUGAAGAACAACUAUGAAUGUAGCCUGUCCAUUGGGAACUUUGCCUCCCGGCUGCUGGUCCUCAUGUUCCCUGAGCUCUUCACCCAUGAGAACACUAGAAAACAGUACAACUGCAGUGGCUCUCUUGGGAAAAAGCAGCUUGACCCUGUUCGCGUAAACCUGAUCCGUCAUUAUGUGCAGUUAGUCUACCCUCGGGCCAAGAAUGACAGAGUGUGGAUGUUAGAAUUUGUGGGCAAACUUGACGAGAGGUGCAGGAGACGUGACACUGAGCAAAGGAGAUCCUACCUGCAGCAACGUAAAGUGUAUGGUCAAGAGUCAGAGCAGGACUUUCUUUGCCAGCUGAACCAGCUGCAUCCAGAAAACAUUAAAGAGGAUCUAGAUAUUCCGUCUUUACCUCCUGAGAAAAGUAGCAAAGACUUCUGCAAAAUUCCUCUCGAUGAACUGACUGUAUCCAUACCUGACUUCCCCGUACCUUCUGUCUACCUGCUCUCAGACACUGAGGUACGGGAAAUCGUACAGCAGUCUCUCUCUGUUGGGAACUUUGCUGCCCGCCUGUUGGUGCGCCUCUUCCCCGAGUUGUUCACCCAGGAGAACCUGCGGCUGCAGUACAACCAUUCAGGGGCCUGCAAUAAGAAGCAGCUGGACCCCGUGCGACUGAGGUUGAUCCGUCACUAUGUGGAAGCAGUGUAUCCUGUGGACAAGAUGGAGGAGGUGUGGCACUAUGAAUGUGUGCCAAGCAUUGAUGAACGCUGCCGGCGCCCUAAUCGCAAGAAGUGUGACAUUCUCAAAAAGGCCAAGAGGUCAAGCACUGUGUCCUAGUUCCAGUAUCUUGCAAUUAGGCAUCACUUGGUCAUUAAAAUAAUUGCACAGUAUAUAAGCUGAAACCGCAUUGUUGAACUUUUACAAACUGUCCUAUGUAGGAUGAAGCCAAGCUGUUAUGAGUUUCUUCAGUACUAUACUUACUCAUAUUUUACCUUUUGGCUACAGCAGCAGAUGUUCUAGUUUAUGUAGUCUUAUAAUUGUUGGAUUAAAAAGUUAAAACUGCUCCUAUUUAUAAGCCAAAACUGUCAUAGCUUAUCUAACAUACUUUGUUGAUAAAUGUUGUAGCCUUAAAAACAAUAACAAUGAUAGUAGCUAACAGCAUAGUUCACACAUUCGCUCUGAAUAGAAAUGAAUCACAAUGAUGUGAUAUAUUUCCAUUGCAGUUACUGAUGUAGCAUUGUGCCACCACUGUUUUAAUAACAAUGUGCUUAUGUUAAGCCUUCUUAUAGAAGUUUAUAUUAUAAAGAUAAUUUAACAUGACAAUGGAUCAUGAUAACAUAUUUCUAAUAAAGACGUAACUAUAAAUACAGCA